AUGUCCAGGAACGUACUGCUGACGUCUUCCAACUUGCGGCUGGACUCGCGGCGGCCGCUCGAAGUCAGACCGAUCACUUGCACGCUUGACGUCCUCAAAGGGCUUGAGAUUGAUGGCUCGGCUUCAGUAGAGCAGGGACUCACGAGAGUCUCUGUGAGUGUGUGUGGGCCCCGAGAGCCUAGAGCAGCGAGAGGGGCGGGCAAUGCACGACAGGACAGGGUCGUCAUCAACGUCGAAAUCCAGACUGCUACUUUCUCUGGAGUCGACAGACGGAAGCGCGGCAGGAACGACAGACGCACCGUCGAGAUGGCCAGCUCCAUCAAAAACACUUUCGAGCCCGUCAUCAUGGGCCAGCUCUACCCUCGUGCGCAAAUAGACAUCUACGUCAUCAUCCUGCAGCAAGACGGAGGCACGCUCUCAGCCGCUAUCAACGCUACUUCUCUCGCACUGUCACAUGCAGGCAUCGCGAUGAUCUCCCCUAUUGCGUCCAUCUCCGUCGCGUGUUUGCACGAUACCCCACUUCUCGACCCUUGCGGCCAGGAGGAGUCCGAGCUACCGUUUCUCACAGUCGCUUGCUUAGCUACACGACCGAUAGAGAUGCUCGACGGCGAGGCGCGGGACGACGCAAUGGAAGGCGACGAGGAGGACAGGCUUGGCAAACUGACACUUGUCACCUUGGAAUCUCGCUUGAGUACGGACCGCUUCGAAGGCAUGAUGCGAUUGGGUCAGCAAGCUUGUGUCGUCAUUGGUCAAGAGCUGGAACGAGUCACCCGAGCAUGGGCAGAACCGCUCAGUGCGAGGAUACGCAGUCGCGGACUUGGCGCAGGCUCAAAGCUUGCAGUGCAGAGCGAGGCAAUGGAAACCAAUGCAUAG